AUGGCCGGAACGAAAGAUUCUCAUGUAGUGGAGAUUCCGGUAGAUGAAGAGCAUAAAGAGAGGCAACAACAGUUGGUUGCUGUCUCGAAUCCUGGAAUGGGAGUGCUCAGGGUGAUUCAGCAGCAUCCGUUGUCUGAGAUCUCAGAGAGUCCAGGACAUUUGUUGCUUAUGAAGCUAUGGCAAAGAGAAGAAGAUCUCUUCUGUCGUCGUGUCAUCCUCAAAGAAUCUAGGCUCGAGUCAAUCAAAAGAGAGAUCUUUCAGCUCUGCUGCUUCUUCCUCGUCUUCCACGGUUUCUUCUUCACGAUUGUCUACUCUUCUUCCUGCUCUGGUGAUAACGACGUGACGAAAAGCGACGCGGUCUGCAAGAAAUGGUGGAUACCUUCUGCAGUGUCGCUAGCCACUUCACUGGUUCUGGUGUUUCUGGUUCAGGCUAAGCUGUUCAUGUUCUGGAAAGUCUCCAGAGGAGUUCACAGGGAGAGGAACGAUAACAGAACGCUUACACGGUGUGUUCUGGAACUGAGGAUGAAAGGGUCCAGCUUCGAUCUGUCAAAGGAGCCAAUGAGUGGGAAGAGGAUGAAGAGCUCAAGCGUUGAGAUCAAGUGGAAACCUGUUACUUGGUUCUCUCAGUAUUUGAUCACCAUUGUUCUUCUUUGCUUUGCAGGGUUGUUCUUCCCGGUCUCAAAGUUCAUCCUCUGCGGAUUUUGA